UCCUGCCACACAGGGUCACUCAGUACUGACGAAGUACUCAAAUCAGCAGAAUGGGUCAGCAGGAUUGUUCUACGGCCCUGCACAGUUUUGGAAGAAAGUCUCAUGCUUUGGAGUUUGCAUGACUGUUGACUUUUGGGGGAAGUGAGAGGUGGCUGCAAUAUAAGCAGGCGUAAGCUCUUGCUGUAGAAGCCAAGGAUUUUCUCAGAUAAUUACUGAAGGAUUAGUUGAUUUCACUAAUGAUACAUACUUGCUGAUCCCUAGUAUCAGUAGAGAGAACAUGUUGCAAAAGCUACACUUUCACAAGACCAGAAGGACCUGGCAAGCAGUGAUUAAGGGAUUCUUUUUGUUUUGCAUCCUUUACCUUCAGUCAUAGUUAAGCAACAUGCAAAUCAUUUCUGUUAAUGGGUGCAUUAAGUUGGGGAACAGAUUGAAAUUAUAUUUUUUUUUGUUUUUGCUCAGUCGUGUUGCUAUACAUUGUGUGUAUAUGUACAGAUAUACACACAUGCAUGGAUUUGGAUACCUGGGUGAUAAGUGAUGGGAUUUUACUGUAUUCAGAAGCUUAAAUUGUCUGUAAGUUCCUGAAAUGGUGCCUGUAAGUGUGGAAAAAAUUUGGGGUGCAAAUGAAGACUGUGUGUAAGGUUAGACUGGAAUGCAAGACCCCCCCCAGUGGCUUCAGGAUUCAGAUAUGCAUAGGAGCUAAUGGAGCAGAAGGAGCUCUCCUUCGUGCAGUUCAGGGUUGUUGCUUUCUUCCCGUGUCUACUUUCUAAUUUCAGGUUAGGCCAUAGUUUCAGUAGUCAAUCUCCACACACUGUAUCUACACAGCACUAACAGGCAUGCUAAGGGUUGCAGCCUACGUCUUAAACCAAAUCUUUCAUAUGUUACCUUGAGCUUCAGGAAGGCUGCUGCAAGAAGAGAGGUCUGUAACUUUGCUAACCAGGUUUGAUAAGUAUCUUAAUCUUUAAUUUCUGAUGAGAAGAUCAAAUUGUGACAGCCUUACUUCUUUCAGAGGUCACCACUCGUGUCAGAAAAUGUGACCGUGGUUUGGCCUGGAAUUUGAAUGCGCUGUGUAUCAGAUAACUGUUAUCAUGUGGUUGCAGAGGAGAAUAUAUACAGUUCAUGUAAUUUCUUCUGCUCUCGAAAGACAAAUAAAAGUGAGCACCUGACACUUUUCCCCCAAGCAUUGCAGUAAGUGACUGGAAGUUUUUAGGUCCUUCUGCAAUUUUUUCUGUGAUGGACUUUGGAGGCCGAACAAGAAUCAAAGUGAAAAUAAGUGAGAACUUGAUAAGUAGCAGUACCUCAGAAAUGAAGUCUUAUCUAUAAAAUCCCAUCAGAUACAUUUUGGCUUGACCUGAGGGAAAGUUCUGAGGCAGGUAUUGUGAGUGUAAAACUUUACAGUGUGUAUCUGGCUUCUGAGUUCUCACUCCUGCUUCGUACGUUUAGGAGCUCCAGUUCCUUCACAUCUCUUUUUCUCCUCCUCCUCCCCCAAUUUGCUUUUCUGAGUUUGGUUCUAUAAAACUUUGGUGCCUAAAAGUGUUCAGAAGAAGGGUGAGUAAUACCUGUGUACAUCUUUGGAGGUGGUUGGUUCCUAAAUUCUACCAGAAAUGAUAAAAACAAUGCUCAGACAAUCUUGUUGCUGCGUGAGAACAACUGCCAUUUCCCGCAGGUGUUGGCAGGGCGAACCGUUGGAUGGAGAACAUUUUUACCUUCAGUUAAGCUUUGUGAAUAAUUUUUCCUGUUGCUAUAGGUGUGUACAAAGAGAAGAAAAUAGUGUAAAUAAAAAAAAACUUUACCAGAACAUGUAGGUUUUUCUGAACUUCAUGGAACAGUCGGCACUCUGUGCCAUCUCCACAGCCCCACAGUCGCUUCCUGAGGCUUGCAUGGAGACAAAUGUGCUGGCCAGGCCUUUGCCAGCUUUGCUUGGGUGGUGCAUUUCUUGAGCUAGAGUUUGCAGAACCAAAGCAAGCAGAGUUUGGACACAACACAGAUGAUCACAUUUCUGCCAUCUUUGUGCCGUUUCUCUUCCUGAAAACCAAUCAAACCUAAUCAAUUUUUUAAGUAUAUUUGCUCCUUAUGUCUGUUUGCAGGGUCCAAUGAUGAUAACCAUUCUCUCAAAGGUUACAUGCGUCCAAGUGAUUGGUUUUGCUUUGGAGUGUGCUGGUGAUCAGGCAGCUCAUGCUUGGCUGUACCUCACCACUGCCAGCUUGCUGGUUGGGAUACUCUCUCAAAGUCAAAUGAGACAAUUUGCCAGUUGUUGCUAUCACAAAUGGAGCUCCUGGUAGUGAAGCAUGCUGCUCGAUGUGCUCAGAGGCAUCUUGUGUUCUUAAGGAAAGCAUCUCAUAUUACAAAAAGCCCCAAACUUUUACAGCUUUUAGCCAGGUAGUAGCUGCCCUGCCUCUGUCGGUCUCCCUAAGGCAGUGAUAUAGCAGGCAGAGGAAUAAUUGCAGUGCAUGAGGUUACGUUAUUGAAGUCAAGAAAAUAAGUUUUCAAAGGGGAUGAGCGAGUAAUUCUGACAUGUAGGCACCUGUUAGGUAUAAACGUGAAAAUUCAGCUGUGGUCAUAAUCAUUGGGGUUUUACUGGGGGCUCAUGUUUACAUAGAGGUAGCUGUGGGGGCACCCUGGAGUGCAGUGCUCGCCCACGCUGGUGAUGCAGGCUGGGGAUUCCCUGCCCGCGUCCCUGUGACACCAAGCAGUGUCACCUUGAGCUUGCUGGUGGCAACAAGGGAGGGCAGCUGCUGUACCAGAAGCCAGGUUCUGAGCCAGGAGGUGGCCAGCUGGAGGAUGGCUGCUGUUUGCCAAGGGGCAGGGAGCAGGUUGAGGUGUGCACCAAGGAGCCUGGCACAGGAGUCAGGGUGAGCAGAAGCUCUGUUGACCUGAACGCUUGCAGGCAGUUGGAUGCUCGUUUCAGAUGAGGGAAGAAAACUUACCAUGGAGCUGUGUUUGGAGAAGGGCUGGCAGCUUCUCACCUGUGCUCGAUGGGGUGAUUCUGGCUCUGUGCCCUGGGUUUGGGAGGGAUGAGGAGUGGAGGGGGACAUGCAGCAGAAGGCAGAGCCGGGUGGGUCGACCAGGCAGAGGGGCUCACAGCAGAGGGAGCCCAGCUUCCCACAGCAGUGGGGCAGGAGAAGGGCAGCAGGGAGGGCCGGGCUGCUGUUCUGCUGCCAUAGCAGCGUUGAGGAGCUGCCAGGUGCUGCACAGGUACCUGGGCCCAGUCUGCUCCUUCCGCAGGCUUGGGAGUCCCACUGUUGUAGUUUUGGUCCAGAAGCUGCAGCAGCGCUCAGCUCCAGCCCUGCUCUUGCUGAGUCCUGCUGGGUGGAGAAGCAACGGCAGGUAAAACUCUCUCUGUGGUGCAGGUUGGCAGCGGUCGGAAUCACGUAAUUAGAAGACAUAAUUAGAAGACGGCGGCAGAGCGUUGCGCAGCGACUGCUGUUGCUGUGGAAGAAUGGCUGCAAAGAGAAAGGAGGCGGUCCUUCAGAUGAACAUCAAUAGCCAGGAACUUUGGGAGGAAAUGCUGUGUCUUGAAGGCCUCAUUGUUGUUGAUGCAUAUCAAGCCUGGUGUGGCCCAUGCAAAACAGUAGUGGAUCUUUUCCGAAGAAUAAGGAAUGAAGUCAGCAGUGACCUUCUGCACUUUGCUGUGGCUGAAGUUGAUUCCGUUGAUGCUCUGGAAAAAUACAGAGGAAAAUGUGAGCCCAUCUUUCUCUUCUACACAAAAGGAGAACUGACAGCUAUUGUGAGAGGAGCAAAUGCCCCAUUGCUGCAGAAGACCAUUCUGAAACAGCUGGCAGUGGGAAAGAAGGUUUUGGAGCAUGGAGGAGAGCGUUUUGUGGCUCACGUCCUCGACGCUCCCUAGUCCAGUUUCGCUGCCGCCGUCCCGGGGCAGCCGCGCACUUCCCAAUAAACCGCUCCGUUCCAUC